AUGGUGCCAAGUUAUUUCACACCAAUUGCUAUUAAGCUUUGGAGUGACUGUAUGUUAGGAGAAUUUGAAUCCCAUUGUUAUACCGCCCGGUUGGAACAAGUUUCAUAUCACCCUAACAGCUUCGGAGAAUCGCAAUCUGCCAUGCAAAAGGAUACCCCAAGCACCUUUACUUGGCGACCUAAGUUUUCUCAGUCCGGACUAAUGGUAAGAAUGCAGCUGGGAGACUUGCAGCCUCCUGGUGGACUCUUGGCCGCUGUGGAUCGUGGUAACUUCCUGACCACGCCCAUCCCGACGCACGCUCCGCCCAAUUUCUCAGUCCUGGAGGUCCGGCGCGCCAUGUACCCCGCCGGCCCCUCCUCAACGCAGUGUGUCUCGAAUGCUGACUGCGUCUUCGAGAGAUCCGUGUGCCGAGCGGCGAGUGCGUCUGCGAGUACCGAGGACUUGGGGUCCGUACGGUGUGAGGAAACGCAGAUCCUGGGCGGCCAGUGCACGACGGACAACCAGUGCUCGACCGUCACCCCCAACGCCGUGUGUCGAGACAACAGGUGUGCUUGCAUCAGCCCCCUUACCAGCUACAUGAACCUUGCUUGCAUUCACGCAAGCGGCGUCGGGUCCCUGUGCUACAACGACGCGCAGUGCAGAGCCGUCAACACGUACUCCUUCUGCAGGUUCCUCGUGUCACAGGUCGUCGGGACGUGCGCCUGUGACCCCGACCAGUUUAUUGAUAUCCAUGGGCGUUGCGCUCCUCGGCUGGGUGGCCGCUGCAAGAGAGGAACCUGCUCCAGGAAGCUCGGGGUCGCCUCCUGUCAGCGCGGGAGGGAGUCGAUCCUCAAGUGCUUCUGUCGCAAGAAGGCGGUGCAGCGCAGGGGCGUCUGCGUCCUGCGAUGAGGGCCGGAGUCUGGUGUAGAUUAAGGGCGUGACUGAGUAUAUAUAUUGUGCGUGGGUGACUGGCUUGAAUUGGAUGGUCGGUGUGGUUUGUGGUGUGCGGUGAUGUGGUAGUUUUAGGAGGCGUUUUUCAAUGAAAUUUGUUUUUGUGCGUUUACAUACACGCGCAAACACACACACG